AAGGGACCAAGUCCGGAACCGGAACCUGCGUGAAGGGAGUGAAGAGCCAGGAGCCAAGAUCCUUGGAAAUCCUUUUCGAUGAUGGCAAAGGGUCUGGGGAUGCUUCCCCAAAGACAUGUGGAUGGGGAUGCUGAGGCUGAGAGACAAAGACUUGGCUUCUGAGGAAUUCAGAGAAACAAAUGAACAAACCAAUGUUUGGUAGCACUUGGGAUGAUAAGGAACUCUGAGACUGCUCAGUACAAUGACUCAAGCAGAAAUUAAACUGUGUUCUUUGUUGCUGCAAGAGCAUUUUGGAGAGAUUGUAGAAAAAAUUGGAGUCCACCUAAUCAGAACUGGCAGCCAGCCACUAAGAGUAAUUGCCCAUGACACAGGAACAUCACUGGAUCAGGUAAAAAAAGCCCUUUGUGUCCUCAUCCAACAUAACCUGGUGAUAUAUCAAGUGCACAAACGUGGUGUGGUGGAGUAUGAAGCCCAGUGCAGCCGGGUGUUGCGUAUGCUUCGGUAUCCCCGGUACAUCUAUACUGCCAAGACACUGUACAGUGACACUGGGGAGCUGAUUGUUGAGGAGCUACUGUUGAAUGGCAAAAUGACAAUGUCAGCUGUUGUGAAGAAAGUGGCAGACCGGCUCACAGAGACUAUGGAGGAUGGCAAGACCAUGGACUAUGCUGAGGUGUCAAACACAUUUGUGCGACUAGCAGACACACACUUCGUGCAGCGCUGCCCCUUCGUGCCUGCCACUGAGAAUUCAGACCCUGGGCCACCGCCACCUGCCCCCACUCUUGUCAUCAAUGAAAAGGACAUGUACCUGGUUCCUAAACUGAGCUUGAUAGGGAAAGGUAAAAGGAGGAGAUCAUCUGACGAAGAUGCUACCGGAGAGCCCAAGGCCAAGAGACCAAAACAUACAGCAGAUAACAAAGAGCCCAUUCCAGAUGAUGGGAUUUAUUGGCAGGCCAACCUUGACAGAUUCCACCAGCACUUCCGUGACCAAGGCAUUGUCAGUGCAGUUGCCAAUAGGAUGGACCAGACCAGCAGCGAGAUUGUGCGGACCAUGCUCCGGAUGAGUGAGAUUACCACUCCCUCCAAUGCCCCCUUCACCCAGCCAUUGUCUUCCAAUGAGAUCUUCAGAUCCUUGCCUGUUGGCUAUAACAUCUCUAAGCAGGUUCUUGAUCAGUAUCUCACUCUGCUGGCAGAUGAUCCACUUGAGUUUGUUGGAAAGUCUGGCGACAGUGGUGGAGGAAUGUAUGUCAUCAACCUGCAUAAGGCUCUAGGAUCCCUAGCCACAGCCACUCUGGAGUCUGUCGUACAGGAGAGAUUUGGGUCUCGCUGUGCCAGAAUAUUCCGUUUAGUUUUGCAAAAGAAACACCUGGAGCAGAAGCAGGUAGAAGACUUUGCAAUGAUUCCAGCAAAGGAGGCAAAGGAUAUGCUUUAUAAGAUGCUCUCAGAAAAUUUCAUAUCACUCCAGGAAAUUCCCAAAACGCCAGACCAUGCUCCAUCCAGGACCUUCUAUUUAUAUACUGUGAACAUCCUGUCAGCUGCCCGAAUGUUGCUGCACAGGUGCUACAAGAGCAUAGCCAACUUGAUAGAAAGGAGGCAAUUCGAAACCAAAGAGAAUAAACGCCUACUAGAAAAGUCUCAGAGGGUAGAAGCCAUCAUUGCAUCCAUGCAGGCUACGGGUGCAGAGGAGGCACAGCUACAAGAAAUAGAGGAGAUGAUCACAGCCCCUGAACGCCAGCAACUAGAGACCCUGAAACGUAAUGUCAACAAGUUGGAUGCCAGUGAGAUUCAGGUGGAUGAAACCAUCUUCCUACUGGAGUCAUACAUUGAGAGCACUAUGAAGAGACAAUGAUGCAGAAGAAGAGUCUUCCUCAAAAGAUCUGGGGGUAGAUUAGAAGGAAAAAUAAAGGAGGUGCAUAGAUGCAUUCUUUGCAGUGGAAUAAGUUGCAGAUUUUUGUACUGAAACCCUCUCCCUAUCACUACCACUCAGAAUACAGCAGAAAGAGUUUGA